AUGAGACCACUUUGUCGGCGGCGUUCUGCGCGUCGACAACAGAUGCCCGACCCGUUCUCUUCUCUUCUCACGUUAUGCGCGCUCGCAUCAUUACCGACAGCAAACGCCGUCAACUUCAAACCCGCCCCCGAUGCCAAUCUCGACAUCUCACAGUUGGGGCGUGUUGGCCUCGCGGGUGACUUUUCUGGACUGUCUCUUUACCAAUUUGAGGGGCAAUCGGAAAGCCAGUUUAACGCAAAUGGAAGCGAGUCACUACUCGCGCGGGCGCCCAAUGGAGCGCUCGCCACCGUGGUCGGCACGGAUGCGUCGAUCAACGCCAUGUGUGCAUUCGUGUUGAGCAAUGGAGAAAUGGCCGGAGUGGUCCUCGGCGGAAACUUCACUAGUAUCGGUGCUCAAAAGUCGCCAGCAAUCGCAAUCUUCAACCCGAACACUUCCCAGGCUACACCUUUGCCCGGGCUGGAAGGCCGAGUCGAUGCCGUUUUGUGUGAUCGAGAAUCUAGCACAAUUUACGUUGGCGGUACUUUCAGGGGUAACAGCUCAACGAAUGCCAUUACUUGGAAGAACAAUCAGUGGACCGACCUUCCUUUUGGUGGGUUCAAUGGCCAGGUGCGAUCCAUUUCCAAAGCCUCAAACGGGCAUAUAAUUUUCGGAGGAGACUUCACCGGGUUGGGGAAUGGCAGCCUCCCUAGUCACCCUGACGGACAGGCAAUCAACAUCGACAAGUCUACUAUCACAGCAGGCUCCUCGUCUACGACCAACGGUUUCAGUGAUCCCAGGAAUAUUGUAUGCAAAGCGGCUGGGGCCAGUGGCGCGGGAAAUACUUGGUUGCUCCAAGACAACACACCAGGAUUUUGGCAGGCAAGCUUCAAGUUUGGCUUCCAGCCAACCAAGCUCCGUCUACGCAACACCCGCCAGGAUGGCCGCGGCACCAGGACUUGGCGCUUCACUGCUCAACCUAUUAACGGUAUUAUGAACUUUACAUACAUCGACCCAGCAACCGGAAGGAAUGCAUCCUGUACCAGCGAGUGUCCACUGAGCAACGACAGCAACCUCCAGUUUCAGGAGUUUCAUUUUGUCAACGUGAUUGGCAUGAAUGGGUUCCGCAUUGACAUUUCUCAAUUCUACGGAAGAGGCGGUGGACUCGAUGGGAUCGAACUCUUCCAAGAUGAUAUCUUCACCUACGCCAUUAAUGAUUUCAACGAGCCGUCUUGUGCUGGAGCUACCAAGCCUUCAACUGCGACUGCCACGGGCCCCUUUUCGGUUUCAGCGUCUCUACAGAGUCAGUCUCAGUAUCUGUCUGCACGGAUCUCAAGCCCGGUCACAUCCAACUCUGCGUCCGUUGUCUUCUCUCCCGACAUCCGUGGCUCGGGUGACUUUUCUGUCAACAUGUACACACCAGGUUGCAUACCCGAUAACACCUGUGAUACCAGAGGCCAGGUCAAUGUAACCAUCAACCCUCGGCCAGGUGUCACGCAGUCAGUCCAACUGUUCCAGACCAACAACUUCGAAAAAUAUGAUCAGAUAUUCUUUGGUCAGAUGCAAACUACUGGUUCCUUCCGACCCACCAUCACAAUGACACCUCUCAACGGACAGUCUCUCGAAACCAUGACGUUCGUUGCUCAGCGUGUUGGUUUUGUUCAGGUCAACUCUACGGGUGGUUUGAAUGGGUUGUUUGACUGGAACCCAACAAAGACGACCAUUGAUGCUAACGAAUUCGAGUCCUCUCCCUUCCACAAACUUGGCUCGUCUCUCGAGCCCUCGAGCACUGUUGUUGCACUAGCAGCUGCUGGGGAUGUGACCUUUGUGGGUGGUAGUUUCAACGGCGACGGAGCCCGAAACAUCGUUGGUGUCAGGUCCGGCAAUAAUGGUGGCGCUCAACCAUUAUCCGGCGGCCUCAACGGCCCCGUGGCGACCAUGGCUCUGACUGGCACUAAACUAUAUGUCGGCGGCAGCUUCUCCGCCACUCAGGACAACUCAGUCACCAACCUUAACAACGUGGCCCUUUUGGACACAGCCACUAGAACAUGGACAGCUCUGGGCGGCGGAGUUGAGGGCAAUGUCCGAAGCGCUGUUUUAAUGACAAUGAACAUCACCGACACACCUGACGAGACAGUGGUCGCCUUCAGCGGCUCGUUCCGGCAGCUUCGGGCAUUUGAUCGCAACCCUGCAAUACCUGUAAAUGGGUUUGCCGUAUGGGUGCCAUCGAAGCGGAACUGGCUGAACAAUCUCGAUGGAGUGGAGGCUAUCGACGGCCUUCUUUCGUCCUCGAUUUUGGACGUACCUGGGGACGGCAAUUUUUACGCCGGCACCGUGUCUUCGGCCUCACUUAGUGCACAUGGAGCCGCAACUUUAUUCGGCAACUCAGUCGGCCGGUUUCCUGCCAAGAUAAAGUCCAGUGCGGCAUCGUCCUCGGAAUCCAAGAUCAGAAAACGAGACUCGUCCCUCAACAGUGGGUCAUCUGGUGUAAAUGCCGGCGCCUUUUACGGGAACGACGGCAGGAACAUGACGAUAUUAGCAGGACACUUCACAGCAACGGCGACCGAUGGCAACACUGUGCACAAUAUACUCAUCAUUGAUGGUGGGGACAAGGACACUGUCACAGGCCUGGGCCAGCUCUCAGAGAACUCUACCUUUAGGGCAGUGGCGGUUCAAGGAGACACCCUUUUUGCGGGCGGCAACGUUACUGGGAACGUCAACGAUGUAACUGUGAGCGGACUGAUCUCGUACAACUUGGCUAGCAAGACCUAUAACACUCAACCGCCAGCACUUUCCGGAGGCAACUCCACGGUACAUGCGAUCGUCGCUCGUCCCGAGUCUUCAGACAUAUAUGUCGGAGGGUCCUUCACUUUGGCAGGUUCUCUGGGAUGUCCGGGUGUCUGCUACUACAGUGCUUCAUCAGGAGUCUGGAAUCGACCAGGGUCCAACCUCGAAGGAUCAGUCCACAGUAUGCUGUGGAUGAGCAACUCGAUGCUCGUGGCUGGUGGGAACAUCACAAUCAACGAUACAAUCAAGACGAACCUGGCCCGGUACAACACUGGUUCUAGCAGCUGGGACACAUUUCCUGGAGCCGAUCAGCUUCCCGGUCCGGUGGAGGUCUUGACGCCAGCAUCAAGAGAUGGCAAUCAAAUUUGGGCUUCUGGAACAUCGACCACGAACGGCUCGGUUUAUAUCAUGAAGUACGACGGGUCAAGGUGGCUCGAAGCACCGCCUCUGGGUUCCGGAUCUGUUGUUCGCAGUCUCCAAGUGUUCACAUUGACCUCGGACCACGACGGCACCGAGAUCGUCUCAUCCAAUCAGGCACUCAUGCUCACUGGAUCCAUCAGGAUUCCCAACUUUGGAUCCGCAUCGGCUGCUCUCUUUGAUGGAACAUCCUACCGAGCCUACGCCCUUACCACCUCGAGUGAUCGCACUCCAGGCUCAAUCUCUCGCGUCUUUGUGGAGAAGUCCCAAUUCUUCACUUCAAGCGAGGGUGGGCGUCUUCCCUUGGUUGCCAUUGUAUUGAUCGGCCUCGGCAUUUCCCUGGUGCUCAUGCUUCUCAUCGUCCUCGCUGGUCUCUUCAUGGACCGUCUUAGAAAGAAGCGCGAGGGUUACGUACCGGCACCUACCUCCAUGUAUGACAGAGGAAGUGGGAUCCAAAGGAUCCCGCCGGGAGAAUUGCUUUCGAGUCUAAACCAAGGCCGACCUGGUGCGCCAACAAUAUGA